AUGAGGAAGACAAUGACGACGAUUAUAAACACUACUACUAUCAUCACAAAGAAGAUGAUGAUGCCAGUGCCCAACGCCAUCACCAUUAUGAAGAAGAUGAUGACGCCAAAGAAGAGGAAUGAAGUGAGACAUGAAUCAAAAACAACCACCCCGAAGAUCAAAACACUUGAAGAUGUAAAUGCAUACCAAGCUCUUUCUUUUGAAUGUUCAAUUUUUGAAAAUAAUGUUAAAGAUUUGUGUCCAACAUCAUGCCCACCAAUAAAUCGAAUUACGAUGCAUUCAUUGAAGCAGCCAAUAAGCUGUCAUGGCUGUAAUCAUGAUCCUAAUCAUGAUCGCGAUUGCAUUUUCACCACUAAAUCAAUUGCAGUCACAAGCACCGACUACGAAUUUGUUGGCACUGAGGAUCACAAUUCACAAGUUAACGAUUAUUCAGGAGAAUCCAUAUGGGUUGGAUAA